GCAAAUCUGUCAAACAUAUCGGCGUGUUUACGGAAUCAUUUGUGUUCAUUUAAAGAGUAAACAUAUCUUUUUUAUAUUAAAGAUCCAUUAGCGGAGCUGUACAAAAAAGCGAUGGGAUCCGGAGAAAGCACGACCAGGAGAGUUUCUUUCGGCCUAGACGAGGAUGACAGGGUGAGGAUACUGCGUGGAGUGAAGCUGUCUGAAGACGUCCUACAGCGCAUGAGGAAUGCCAGUGCUGAUCCAAGACCGCCUGUCAACAAUAAAGAAAACCUAGGCCAGCAGACUCGAACAUCCAGCACAUCUGACCCGCAAUCUCCAAAAACACAGGCCAGGACGACUUUUCCUGACACUAAAGAAGAGCUCAGGAAGAGGUAUGAGCAGCAGCAGGCCAUUAUACAGGAGGAGUUGGCUCGCAUCGCACGCAAAGAGAGAGAGGCAGCCCGGCAGGACAUCACUCGAGCAGUGCAGAGAGAGCGAGUACAGUCGCGGCAGGAGUCUGAGAAAGCCAAACAGCUGCCUGCCUCCGAACUGGAAGCCUGGGGGAAACAGCUGGAUAAGAAGGAGGCAGAGCUGAAGGCACUAGAGGCUUUCUACAAGGAACAGAUCACACAACUAGAGAAGAAGAAUGAGGAACGCUUCAAAAUGUACUCUGAACAGUUCCACACCGCUGCAACCAGGAGCGAAGCCAAUAUAAAGCCACGUAACGUGGAGCCGGUGUGUUCAAACCUGCAAGCUCAGAUCCUGAACUGUUAUAGAGAGAACCGUGAGCAGACACUUCAGUGCUCAGAUCUGGCCAAAGAGUACAUGCAGUGCAUCAAUGCAGCUAAGAAGAAUCUGUUGGUGAAUCACGGAUAGAGAGACCGCUCAUCUGUGUGUUGGGUUUCAUGGGCCGCUUCAUCUUUAGCCUCUCCAUCCAAUUACAUCUGAUCCCAGGACUCUGAGUCACACUCCAGUGUUCUGAGCAAGCUUCAUAUUACCGGCCACUAUGAGUAUUUCAUUAUCUGUAACAGUGCUGAGAAUGGGAUCAUAGACAUGCAAGGCUUGAUUUCUAUGAGAGUACACUCAGGAAAUCCUGAUACUUUUAUUUUGUCGGGAUUUUAUUUAUGCAUUGUAUUUUGGCAAAAGCAUAUCUACAUAAAUGGAUAAAUGCCCAAA